AUACGCAUGAUGACGUGGCCGUUUAUACCGGACGUCAAGGACUUGGCCUUGCGUUCCUAUCCGCGUAUAAAACCCAGUUAGAAAUUGGCAAACGAACAAGUAGCCUGUAACUCUGAAUUCUGCUCCGGACGACAAUCUAGCUGCCGAGAUUUCAAUUCUUUCUCUUUGAAAUUCGAUUUUCGAUCAUGUCGAUUCUUUUACUAAUUAUUUUACUAACGCCGGUGAUCUCUUUGAACUGGGUGUCGGAACCGCGCCGCACUUCAACUGGACUGAACGGUGUCCAAUUAACAUUUGCUGUCAAUCACAAUCCUCCCUAUGACACGCUUAUCCUUCGACCCGACGGAAACUACACUCACACUGGCUCCGGACCAAUAUGGCAGGCAUGGCUAGCGAGAAAACUGAAUUUCACCAUUUCGUACCGGUACGUGAUGAUCAAUCAAAUGAUAAUCGAUAAAUUCGGAGGGUCAGCCCUCGAGUAUUCUGUUAACCUAGUAAUGAACAAAGAAGCGGAUGCAUUAGUGAGCGGUUUGGUGGCCUCUCCGGAGAGGAAGAAGAAAAUGGAUUUUUCUUACUUCAUUUGGACAGAGCUGUACUCUAUGGUGGUGCCUCGAGCUGAAGAAGAGUCUCGCCUUUUGGCUUUUAUUCGGCCAUUUCAGUCAAUAGUACAACACAUUUCGAUUUCUCACUAAGAA